AUGAAUUCUGGAGAUUACAACUCCAUAAAUCUUGAUGAAGUUGAAUUCGUCAUCGACGAAACACAAAGUGAUCCAUUCCAGGAUCAUAGUUCAUAUGUAGAGUUUGAAGACAUUUCAACCGAUUUCGUUAAUCCGGAAGGAGGUUUUGCUAGUAGAGAGGACAUGGAUGCUCAUGUAAGAUAUGUUGCUGGCUUGAGGAACGUUACUUUGGCAAUUCGUGAUUCGAAGGGAAAAGACGGCCGACGGCCCAAAGUUCGAUAUUUAUGUAGCCAAGGUGGCGGAUACAGACCAAAAAAGGAGGUACUGGAGAAACUUCACAAGGUGAUGGAAGGCCAAAUCUGUGAGAUUAAGAAAGUAGCGAGAGUUAACGCUACUAAAUCCAACACAGACACCCUUGGAGAUACGUUGUUUGUUAAUCUGAACAGAUCAAUCACGUUUAAAGCAUUCGGCCUCAUAAGGAAAGAAAUGCAAGUUUUACAAGAAAUGGGUCAGGAUCCAACAACGUGUGGUUGCUACCUAAGGAGAACUCAUGGUCUACCGUGCGCACAUGAGCUUCAGUACUACAUCAUAAAUGGGUAUAGCAUUCCGUUGGAUCAAAUACAUGAUUAUUGGAAAAAGUUAGAUAUUCAGUUUCCAAUAUUUCCUAAUGAUGCCGCGGAUGGAUCCCCGACUCCACCAAAUCCAGUGAGGAGGGCGUUGUUCGAAGAAGUCCCUGAUAUUACUGCACCUCCUACUGCUAAAAAGAAAACCAAGGGUAAAAAGCUCUCUAGUCUCCGUGUACCUUCGGCGUGGGAGAGGGUUGUGAAACAGUACGGAUUUAAAAAGUCUCCAAACAAAAAGGGCCCUGGACGUGUUGCUUCUAUCUCUGAAUCACAGGGGAGUCCAAUGAGCACAUCCCAACGUACGGGGCCACCAGUAUCACCAUCUUCUCCAAAUUUCCUCGCAGCGGAUCAAAGUGUUGGAGAGCCGCAGGUUGACGGUCUUACAGCAUAG